AUGGACCAGGCCAUGGCCAAGAGCGCGUCGGAGCCGACGAUCCAGACCUACGCGCCCGGGUCGCCGGGCAAGGGCGGCGCGACGGCGAGCACCGUGAGCCUGCGCAGCCUCGACUCGCGGCCCGUGUUCACGCGGCCGAGCGAGACGGACGUGCUCGGGCGGCCGCGGCUCAAGCCCAUCCGCGUGCGGCUCGCGCAGCGGAGCCGCAUGAAGGACGGCGCGGACGCGGCGCGCGCGGAGCUGGACAAGAUCACGCGGCAGCUCGAGACGGGCAUGAGCGCCGGCGAGUACAGCGAGACGGCCUACACGCAGAAGAUGAGCGAGGCGGACCAGCGCUUCCGCCUCAAGAAGCUCCAGGAGGCCAUGAGCCGCCGGUCCGCGACGGAGGAGCGGAUCUUGUCGCUGAAGCGGACGAUGAAGGAUUUUUUGAAGAGCCACGGCACGGACAGCGCGCGCGAGCUCAAGCGCGCCUUCGCCGUCGCCGACGUGGACCACAGCGGCGAGCUCGACUACAACGAGUUCAAGAACGCGGUGCGCAACUACGGCCUCCGGCAGCUGUCGAGCGGGUCGCUGCGGACGCUCUUCGACAGCUUCGACUUCGACGCGUCGGGGUCCAUCUCCCACGGCGAGUUCGUCAAGAGUUUAAGGGACAUCCCGGAGCACACGCCGUCGUCCGACGACCACGGCGUGUCCCGCCGCGGCGGGCCCCUCGUGCGGACGUCGAUUUUGGAGCCGCGGCGCGUGGGAUACGAAGCGACGCCCCCGACGCUCGAGCUCGGCCCGCUCCACGUCGGCGUCGCCUACCAGACGACGCUUACCGUAUUAAACACGGGCGACACGGACCUGCGGUUGACGGUGAAGCUCGCGGGCUUCGACGGCGCGCGCGACAAGAACCCCGUGCGCGUCGUCGCGCGGCCGUGCGGCCCGCUCGCGCCGGGGCUCCGCGCGCGGGCCGUCAUGGAGAUCUUGGUGCGCGCCCCGGGCGACCUGUCGCUCCAGGUCAUGGUGUCGAGCGGGAGCCAGGUGCUCGAGGUGCCCCUGUCCGCGACGUUCCACCGCCGCGACGCGGACGCGACGCCCAUGAGCUCGCGCAUCGACGACGCGACGGUGCGGACGGCGCUGCCCAAGUACGUGCGGCGGCUGACGACGAAGCGCGACGCGCCGUCGGGCGUCGCCCGCGCCUGCGCCGACGUCGUCUGGCCGAGUCUGCACGAGCAGUGGACGCAGAUCCAGCGCCAGACGGGCGAGGCGUCGCUCCUGCUGUCGGAGAUGGCCGCGCUGCGCACCUGCCCCCAGAAGGACCUGAACAGCGUGUCCGUGCGCCUCAAGCGCUUCCGGGCCAAGGCGAACACGAAGCUCAUCGUCCAGGGCGACGCGGCGGCGAAGCGGCAGAUGCUCUUCGUCGCGUCGGGCGUCGGCGACGUCUACAUCGAGCUGCCGAACCAGCCCAUGCCCCUCCACGUCCUGACGAUCCGCGCGCCCUUCUACAUCGGCGAGGGGUCCGUCAUCUCCAAGGAGGUGCCGUCGGCGACCGUCAUCGCGACGACGGCCUGCGAGGGCUUCUCGCUCGCGGAGAACGAGGCCGAGGAGCUCAUCUCGAAGAACAACAUGACGCUGUCGCUCAUCCGCCGCGACAUGCUCCAGCGCAAGUUCGAGCGCACCUGCGCCGCCGGCGGCGGCCUCCUCAAGUGCAACUUCACGGACACGUCCUUCGUCGCCGCGCUCCUCGACUACGCGCGCGCGGAGACGCGCCACGAGCCCAAGGCGCUCUUCAUGUGCCGCCACCUGAGCUUCGAGAAGCAGUGCGAGGACAUCAACGCGACCCUACACGGCGACACGCCGGCGCCGGAGCGGGGCCUGCGCUUCGACAACUGCCUCGUGCUCUGCGACGAGAUCUGGAAGGACUUCAUCCGGCCGCCGGCGGCCAAGGGCGCGGUGCGGCCGCCCAAGGGGCGGUCCGUCCUCGGCAACAACCUCGUGCCCGAGGAGCGCGUCCAGGGCAUGGUCCAGAAGCGCCACGCGGCGCGCGUCAAGUCCGACAUCCCGCUCCUCUCCAAAAUCUACGAGGACCUCGCCAAGGACGUCGACGUCGUGCUCAAGCGCGCGGUGCUCACGGACUUCGUGACGUCGCCCCAGUACAAGGAGUGGCUCGCGCUCAAGUUCCCCAUCAUCGACAAGCGGAGCGACGAGGGCCCGGACGACGACCAGUCCGAGCGCCGCCCGUCCAUCGACUUCGACCUGCCCGAGCUCCGCCGCAAGUCGCGGCAGCUCAAGCCGAAGAUCGACUGGAGCUCCCACCGGUCCAUCAACAAAUCCCUCGCCAAGUUCACCGUGGCCAACGACGACGACGAGCCCUCCUACGCCAAGUCCGCCGUCGCGGCGAAGCGGCGCGCGGCGCUCGAGUUCUCGCGGGAGAAGAGCCGGCGCGCGACGGCGCUGCUGGCGGCGCAGCGGCGCGCGACGGCGGCGGCGUCGCCGAGCUACGCCUUCGGGAGCAAGACGCGGACGCCGCCCGACGCGCGGCGGCCGCGCGCGACGAACGGCCACAAGGGCCGCACCUACCAGGAGAUCUUGAGCGGCGGCGGCGGCCGCGACGACGGCGGCCGGCGGCGGCGCGAGGCGCGGCGGCGCGUCGACGCGGAGGCCGACGAGGCGCACGUCGUGAGGGAGCUCUACGCGGGCGCGCGCGUCGACGUCUUCGACCGCAAGGGCCGGCCCCGGCGCCUCGACUGCGGGCGGCUGCGCUACCUGGGGCCGACGACCUUCUCGUCCGGGCGCCAGGUCUGGUGCGGCAUCGAGCUCGACAUGGCCUUCGGCGCCCACGACGGCGAGGUCGAGGGCACGCGCUACUUCGGGCCGACGGCGGCGCUCAGCGGGCUCAUGGUGCCCGCGGAGCUCGUCAAGUGCGUCCCCGGCCAGCCGACGGCCGAGGCCUUCGCCGCGACGGAGGCCGCGGAGCGCGCCGCCGACGUGCAGGCCGCCGCGGCCGGCGGCGCGGCCGCGGCGGCCGCGCCGGCGGCGCCCGCCGCGCCCGCGGCCGCCGCGGCGCCCGCGGCCCCGCCGCCGCCGCCCAAGGCCGCCGACGAGGCCCUGGCGAAGCUCCGGGCCAUGCCCGAGCUCGCCAAGUACUUCAAGAUGCUCGGCGUCGGCGUCCCGCGGAGCGCCGUCGCGCAGAAGAUGGCCGCGGACGGCGUCGCCGGCGCGCUCUGCGACGCCAUGGAGGGCAAGGCCGCGGCGAGCGGCGCGCCCGCCGGCGGCGCCAAGGCGGCAACGGCCGGCGCGCCGGCGACGGCCGCGAGCGCGCCGUCGAAGAAAACGUUCCGCGCGCUGCACUGGAACCCGCUCGACGCGGCCGCGGCGGCGUUGUCGCUCUACGGCGUCCGGUCGCGGGCGUCGACGCUCGGCGCCGCGGCCUUCGACGCCCGGGGCCGCGACGCCGCGCGCCUCCGCGUCGCCUUCGGCAAGCGCGAGGUCCCCGCGGUCGUCCAGCGCCACGCGGGCUCCCGGCGGCUCACGUUCGGCGGCGUCGCCGCGGCGCUGAGUCUGGGCGGCCGGCGCGCGCGCCACCGGGCGGCGCGGCCCCGCGAGACGCUCGACGGGCGGCGCACGAUGAACGUGAGCAUCAUGCUGGGCAAGCUCGUCGGCGACGGCGAAAAGUUCGCGUCGCCGCGCGCCGUCUGCCGCGCGCUCAUGCGCUGCGGCGACGCCGGCAUGACGGCGGACCAGCUCGAGCUCGUCCUCUCCAUGGCGCCGACGCCCAAGGAGCGGGACAUGCUCGCGGGCCGCUUCGACGCCGCCGGCGCGUACGCGCACGACGGCGCGGAGCCGGCCGUGCCGCCGCCCGAGGCCAUGCUCGCGGAGAUCGGCGCCGUGCCGCUCUACCGCGAGCGGGCCGACGCGGAGCUCUUGGUGCGCACGGCGCUGCCGCGCCUCGCCGUCGUGCUCGCGGACGCGGCGCUGCGGGUCAAGGCGUGCCGCUGCGUCGUCGGCUCCGACUCGCUGCGGCGCUGCCUCGAGACGUUCCUGGGCGUCACGAACGCCAUGCGCGUCACGGAGUCCCGGGGCAUCGAGCUCGGGUCCCUCCUCGCGCUCGCGCGGGCCAAGGCCGACGACGCGGCGGCCGUGAACGCCGGCGGCACGGACUUCGAGGGCGCGCCGCGGCGCGCGGGCCGGAAGCGCACGUUCUUGGAUUUCGUCGUGGAGACGCUCUGCGCCCGGGGCGAGCGGGGCGCCCUGGGCUUCGCGGCGCCCUUCGCGCGCGGGGACGUCGUCGUCGCCGCGCGGCCGCGGCGGCGGCGGCGCCUCGACGCGGGCAAGCGCGUCACGCUGAGCGACGACGACAGCGGCGACGAGUCCUGCGGCGGCUUCGAGGACGACGACUACAACUCCUCCAAUUCCGACGACGACGACGGCGACGACGACGACGACGACGACGCGGAGGCCGCGCGGCGCGAGCGCGCGGCCGCGCGGCGGCUGCUCCGGGCCGCGCGGUGGCUGCCCGGCGCGUUCCUCGCGCGUGACAACGGCACGGUGACGGCCUGCGCCGAGGCUGUGGUGGCGCGGUCGCGGCUCCACGGGGGCCUCGCGCGGGCGGCGAGCCGGGGCGAGCCGCGCGAGCUCGCGGUCGUCGUCGGCGCCAUCCGGCGCCGCGUCGCGGCCGCGCGCGCCGUCGCGGCCGCGGACGUCGAGGCGAGCGUCAUCGCGGAGCGCGAGGCGGCCCAGAAGGCGGCCAAGGCGGCUUUAGACGCCGAGAAGGCGCGCGUCGAGGCCGCGCUCCGCGCGGCCGCGGAGCGCCGGGCCCGGGAGGCGGCGUCGAUGGCCGCGGAGGACGCCGCGGAGCGCGCGCGGAUCCGCUUCGGCCACUGGCGCCGCGCGCGGCGCGGCGCGCUGACGGCCCUGGGCGUGCUCUGCGCCGCCGCGCGGGACCACGACCGCGCGCGCGCGGAGCGGCAGCGGGACAAGAACCGCGAGAGCGCCGCCAGGACGCCCGACUCCGAGGGCCGCAGGACGCCGCCGCCGGACCGCAAGUCGGCGAAACCCGUGGAGCAGAAGCCGCGCACGGAGCCCCGCGAGUGGGCGCGCCAGCGCCGCGAGAAGAUGGAGCGCGCCGCGGCGCUCCGCGCGCAGCGGAACGACGUCCGCGCGGACGACGGCGAGGAGCGCGACGACGGCAGCGGCUCCGUCGAGUCGUCGCGGAGCUGGGCGUCGUCGGCCAAGUCCGGCCAGAACCCCGGCGGCGUCGCCAACGGGUCCACGUUCCUGAGCCGCAUGCGGCAGCAGCCGCGGCGCAAGGUCCGCGCGUACGUGCGGCCGCCCUGCUCCUGGCGCCCCCCGCCGCGCGUCGCCGCGGCGCUCCUCGCCUGCGCCGACUGCGAGUGCGCGCCCGACGGCGCCCUCGCCGCGGGCUUCGUCUGGGCGGGCCACGUGCUCGAGGACCGGGCCGAGCGCGUCGCGCACGCGAGGGACGUCGAGGCCCAGCUCGAGGCGAAGCGCCUCGAGGAGCAGCAGCGGCGCCUCAGCGGCCGGCGGCCGCCGCCGUCGUCCUACGCCUACGCGCGGCCGAAGCCGGAGCCGGAGAAGCCGCCCGCGCGGGAGCCAAAGUCGACGUACGCGCGCGAGCGCGCCGCGCCGCCCGAGGAUCCGCUCCUCGUGGACCCGACGGACGUCAAGAACCCCUUCUUCGGCUUCGUCGAGCGGUUCCUGUCGCUGGCGACGCCCGCCAUGGCCUUGUUCGACGCGGGCGACCGGCGCCUCGCCGCGGCCGUCGCCGGCGCGUCGGACCUGCGAGCCCGCGCGUCCAAGGCGAACUCGCCGCGCGCGGCGCCGAAGAAGCAGCGGUCGACGGCGGCGAAGCUCUUCAGGAGCGCCGAAACCGACGACCCGCGCGGCGCCCUCGCGGCCAUGUUCGCCGCGCGCGGCGGCGGCGCGCCGGCCGCCGCGGCGCCGCGCGCGAACCUCCUCGCGGCGCUCUCGAACGGCGGCCGCGCGUCGCUGCGCAAGACGGCGCCCAAGGCCGCGGCGGACAUUCCGGCGCACCUCACCUUCGACGCGCGGCGGGCCGCGGGGCUCGCGCUCGGCGCGGACGUCGAGGGCCUCGUCGCGGCGCUCGACGCCGCGGACGCGGCCGUCGCGGCCGCGGCCGCGCACGGCCAGGCGCUCCGCGUCUAUUUAGGCUGCGCCCACAAGGAGCCCGCCGACGCGGCGCUGGCGGCCGUGGGCCACCUCGCGCGCCUCGCCGAGGCGUCGCUCGCCGGCCGCCCCGCGGACGCGGACACGUCCGACAGCGACGACGGCGAGCGCCGGCGGCCGCUCCGCGUCGGCGACGUCGUGCUCACGCGCUUCGGCGCGGGCGUCGUCGAGGCGCGGCGGCCCGCGGCAACGGCGGCGGCGCCGCGGCGCGUCGUCGUGCGCUGCCUGGGCUGGCGCGCCAAGGUCGAGCUCGAGAAGGGCGACGUCGGCCGGCCGCCGUGCGCCGUCGGCACGCGCCUCGGGCCCGCGACGCUCCUCAACGCCGCGCGGGUGGGCGACGGCGGCGGCCGCGAGGUCGCCGUGCGCGUCGACGGCGCCGCGGAGCCCGUCUACGUCGCGCCGGAGACCCUCGCGUGGCGCGCGCCGCGGCCGCGGCCGCGGCGCGAGCGGCGGCGGCCGCCGCCCGCGCGCGCGGAGGCCCCGGCCGCCGGGGACGGCGCCGCGGACGACGGCGCCGCGGACGACGCCUCGGACCGCUCGGACCGGGGCUCGGACCCGCCGUCGCGGCGCGCGAGCCGCGCGUCGAACGACGACUCGUCGGACGUGUCCGACAUCGAGGCGCUCGGGAGCUUCCUGGAGAUUUAACAACAUGAGCUUACGCCGCGGCGGCCGCGGGCGGCGGCGCGGAGGCGAGGGCGACGGCCUUGAGGAGCGUCGGCAGGAGCACGGUCGCGUUGCGCGUCGCCGCCGCGGGGCGGCCCGGGAGGUUGACGACGACGCAGGCGCCGCGGACGCCCGCCGUCGCGCGCGAGAGGAGCGAGUCGAGGUCCGCGCCGCGCCGCAGGGCGUCGGCGU